AAAGGUACUUGUGAAGUUGGGGUCCUGUUUUUUAGCCACUGCUUCUGCCAUGUCGAGUGGGUCGGAAGACAACUGGCAGCGCGUGGUGGCUCUGGGCCGGCUUGCUCGGAAUUAUUUGAGGCGAUAUCGGGAUGUGGCGCCGGUUGCAGGACUACUAUAUGCUUUGUGGCAACGCCGGAAGUGGCAGCACCAAGCUGAAUUAGCUGCAGCUGCUGUGCGGGAGGGCCGGUUCAUGGAGCAAUGCACCUUCCUUCUUGUGAACCUUGAUGGUUUAAAGAAGGGCGCCGAUUUCUCCAGCACGAUCUCCGUGCAGACGCUCUUCACCCGCACGUUGCGGUCUUUGAUGUUCGACAAUGAGAAAAUGGUGGAACUGGUGAGCCAGGCCGCCGAAAAGGCAUCGCCCAGUGCGCCACUGCUAGAACUGGGUGGGGAUGGCUGGUUGGUGAUGGCCAACAUCAAUGCGCAUCUCAUGGAGGCUUGCUGCACCUAUGGGCACGUGGCCGCCGCUUGUGGGAACAGUGUGAACGUGGUGCAAUUCCUCUACGGUUUGGUCAACGACCGAACGACCACCAAUCGGCAACAGCUUCGGGUCUAUGUGAUUCGAGAAAAGGACAUGCAGAACCUUCCCGAGCGUUUAGAGCUGGACCUCCGUCGCAGCUCCUUUAAGAGUGCGUUUUCAGUCUUGCAGAGCAUGGCCGCCUCCUAUACCGCUCCACCACCGGGUUUUCGCCUGCGGAAUGCGUUGAGCAUGACCACGGGUUUGCCCAGUGCCAUGGGACGCACCUGGAUGACCUUCCCUGCAGCGCUGCAGAUCCAAUCCGCCCUGUGAAGCGCCGCGCGCCGGGCCUGGGGCCUGGCACUAGGCUCCAAAGGCCAGAGGGCGUCGUUUUCGAGGUCGCCACUCCCAUGAAAACCGGAGAGCUCCAGGUGGGUGGUAGCUGCUACACCCAUUUGGUGUCAGCUUUGAUUCUCCCACACAUUCACCGUGGCGUGAGGGCCAUCGGUGGUGAGCGUGAGUGAGCGUGCUCAUGCCUGGCCAA